UCACCCGUCGUGCCCUCAAAGCUCUUCGUUCACGAAGGAGAAGAGAAACUGAAAUUUCCCUCUCUAAGUCUCCGUUUACACCCGCUUCUAGGACUUCAGGGUCCUCGGAUCAUCCUUGCUUGACCCAAACUCCAUUUUCAGAAAGAAAAGAAACAGAAUUGCAGACGAGAAGAAGAAGAAGGAGAGGAAGAUUAACCCGAGAGACGAGAGAGGGAGAGCGAAUGCAGACAGGUGACACCGGAAGCCGGGAAAUCCAGAUAGAAGAUGCUGCUCUCAGCAGCGAGCAAGUGCCUUAUGGUGAAUGCUUACUGCAGAUGGAAGAAGCUCCUGUCAGCAGUGAGCAAACUUCUGAUGGCGAAUGCAACGAAAGCCUGAGAGAAAGGAAUGGUGAAAUAGCAGUGCUUGAAGGUAAGAAUGAUUUAGUUGAGGAAAAAAAGGAAUUUGUUGCACCAGCUGUGGGCAUGGAGUUUGAAUCAUAUGAUGAUGCGUAUAAUUAUUACAACUGCUAUGCCAAGGAAGUGGGAUUUCGAGUUAGAGUGAAGAAUUCAUGGUUCAAGAGGAAUAGCAAAGAGAAGUAUGGUGCAGUACUUUGUUGCAGCAGUCAGGGUUUCAAAAGAAUUAAGGAUGUUAAUCGCAUAAGGAAAGAAACUAGAACUGGUUGUCCUGCAAUGAUAAGGAUGAGGUUAGUUGACUCAAGAAGAUGGCGGAUUCUUGAAGUUACACUAGAACACAACCACUUACUUGGUAACAAGAUUUAUAAAUCAAUUAAGAAGAUGAGCACUGGAACCAGAAGAAAGUCAAAGUCAAGUUCCGAUUCAGAGGUGCAAAAAAUCAAGCUAUACCGUGCUCUUGUGAUUGAUGCUGGGGGUAAUGGGAAUUUAAACUCUGAUAAAAGAGAAGUAAGGAACUUUUCCCACCAUCCCAGCCAGCUCAACCUUAAAAGAGGUGAUUCACAGGCCAUUUAUAACUACUUUUGUCGUAUGCAGUUGACCAAUCCUAAUUUCAUUUACUUGGUGGAUUUCAAUGAUGAAGGGCAUUUGAGGAACAUAUUCUGGCUUGAUGCUCGUUCUAGAGCUUCUUGUGGUUACUUUGGUGAUAUAAUUUAUAUUGACAACACAUAUUUGUCUUGCAAAUACGAGAUUCCUCUUGUCACUUUUGUCGGAAUUAAUCACCAUGGACAGAGUGUGUUACUUGGUUGUGGCUUGCUUGCUGGUGAGACGACUGAGUCAUAUAUUUGGUUGUUCAAAGCCUGGCUUAAAUGUGUCUCUGGAUCCUUUCCUCAAACGAUUAUUACAGACCGCUGCAAGACUCUGCAGUCUGCAAUAACAGAGGUCUUUCAUAGAUCUCUUCAUCGUUAUAGUUUGUCACACAUCAUGAAGAAAAUUCCAGAAAAAUUAGGAGGACUGCGUAACUAUGAUGCAAUUAGAAAGGCAUUGAUUAAAGCAAUUUACGACACACUGAAGGUAAUAGAAUUUGAAGCGGCCUGGGGAUUUAUAGUCCAGCAUUUUGGAGUAGGUGAUCAUGAGUGGCUUCAAUCUUUAUAUGAAGAUCGAGCUCAAUGGGCUCCAGUCUAUUUAAAAGACACAGUAUUUGCGGGGAUAUCUGCUCUAAGACUAGGUGAGGUCCUUGGUCCUUUUUUUGAUAAAUAUGUGCACAAACAAACACCUUUAAAAGAAUUUCUUGAUAAAUAUGAACUCGCUUUACAAAAGAAGCACAAGGAAGAAACACUUGCUGAUAUUGAGUCAAGGAACUCUAGCCCCACAUUGAAAACAAGGUGUUCAUUUGAGUUGCAGCUCUCUAAAGUGUAUACGAGGGAUUUGUUCAAAAAGUUCCAGUUCGAGGUUGAGGAGAUGUAUUCAUGUUUUAGCACAACACAGUUACAUGUUGAUGGGCCAAUUGUAAUAUUCUUAGUGAAGGAGCGUGUUUUAGGUGAAGCAAACCGGAGGGAAGUAAGGGAUUUUGAAGUUCUUUACAAUAGAACAGCAGCUGAGGUUCGAUGCAUCUGCAGCUGCUUUAACUUCUACGGAUAUUUAUGCCGUCAUGCAUUGUGUGUGCUGAACUUUAAUGGGGUGGAAGAGAUCCCGCCAAAAUACAUUCUACCAAGAUGGAAAAAGGAUUACAAGCGUGUAUACAUUCCUGAUAAAGGAUCCAGUCAUGUUGAUGCUAUUGAUUAUGUGCAGUGGUUUAACCAAUUGUACAGAAGUGCCUUGCAAAUAGUGGAAGAAGGGGUCACUUCUUUAGAUCAUUACAAGGUUGCAUUGCAGGCAUUUAUGGAGUCAUUAAAUAGGGUUCAUGAUGUAGAACAAAAGCAAGAAUAACUCAAUCUAUUAAGGUAAAAGCCUUUCCUUUUCUGUAAAUAAAAUUGAUACAUCAUUUUUUUUUUUUCAAUUCCAAGUCUUUUUCUUCUUUUUUUGAAGAGUGAAGAAGACUUAUUAAUUUUUCAACUAUUAAAGAUGUGAUACUUUAGUGCUUUAUUGUUCUAUACUACAUGUUAAUUAGGAAUAAGUUUGCCUAUCGGAGAUUAUUCUUUUAUGAUGGGUGUCUCUUAUAUUUGGUGCAAAUGGUGAGGAAGCAAA